CAAUAUUUUCCAGGAGUAACUCCUGUACUGUCUGACUGCUGUGGGUCACUGCAAACCACUCUCAAUAAAUACUCUCACUUUUCUCACUCCAUUAGCUAACCUUUCAACUAAAUUAUUUUACCCCAUUUUCAUUUUCUUGUUUACUCAGAUUCUCAUUCUUCACUACUAAAUUCAGCUAUAUGAUCUUUAAAUUUUUGUUGGAGCUUGUUUGAAAUGGAAAGGAGGCUCCUUUAUUCUCAGCUUGUUUCCCUUUUGGUGGGUUGUGUUGUGCUUCACUUGGGUGACUCCAGCAGGGUUUUGGUGGCUUCUGGUAAUGAAACAAGUAGUGCAGAACUGUGCCCUUCCGGUUGGACUUUGAGCCUGAGUAAGCGAAAGUGUUUUCAUUAUAUAGAAAACUCUACAUCAUGGGAUGAAUCAGAGAACCAAUGUCAAGGUAAUCAUGGACACUUGGCGGCAGUUGAUUCACUUCAAGAAUUAAAAUUUGUGCAAAAGCUAUGUGGUGAAGUCGUUAAUGGAUGCUGGAUUGGAGGCAAAAGCAACAUAAGUGCAACUGGUGUAGAUUGGAGAUGGUCAGACCAUACAUCUUGGAAUGCAACUAUCAUUCCUCAGACACAUAUCAGGUCCAAUUGUACAGAUUUGUCUUGCCAGAAUGAGGAAAAGAUAUCUUUGUGUACACUAACUUCGGAGACUAAUGGAACUAUUCUCAGUACAGGGAGAUGCAAUUCAUCUCAUGCUUAUAUUUGUAUGAUUUAUAUAGAGAAUAAAUGUCGUCAUAUGCACUGUCACAGAGAGUAUCUUAUCAGCCUUGCUGUUGUGAGUGGAGUGAUACUGUUCACAACUUUAAGCGUUGUGGUUUGGCUCCUAGUAUAUAAAAGGAGUAAAAGACGUAAAAAAUCUCGCAAGCUGUCUAAUCCAGCAGCGUUAGCACUGGUCCCACCAUCAUGGAAAAUCUUCACUCGUGAGGAAUUAAAGUCAGUAACCAAAAAUUUCAGUGAAGGAAACCGUCUUCUUGGGGAUGCCAAAACAGGGGGCACAUACAGCGGGCUAUUACCUGAUGGUUCAAGGGUGGCAGUUAAGAGAUUAAAGAGAUCAAGUCUCCAAAGAAAAAAAGAAUUCUAUACAGAAAUUGGUAGGGUUGCAAGACUUCAUCAUCCAAACUUGGUUUCCAUAAAAGGAUGCUGCUAUGAUCAUGGUGAUCGCUACAUCGUGUACGAGUUCAUUGUACACGGGCCACUAGACAGAUGGCUACACCACAUUCCUAGGGGAGGUAGAAGUUUAGACUGGGUCAUGAGGAUGAAAGUAGCCACCACUCUUGCUCAAGGAAUUGCAUUUCUCCAUGACAAGGUGAAACCACAAGUUGUCCAUCGAGAUAUUCGUGCAUGUAAUGUGCUUCUUGAUGAAGACUAUGGUGCACAUCUGAUGGGGGUUGGUCUAUCAAAGUUUGUGCCAUGGGAAGUGAUGCAUGAAAGGACUGUUAUGGCUGGCGGUACUCAUGGUUAUCUUGCUCCAGAAUUUGUUUACAAAAAUGAGCUAACAACUAAGAGUGAUGUUUACAGCUUCGGUGUCUUGUUGCUUGAGAUUGUUAGUGGGCGCAGACCAGCACAGGCUGUUGAUUCAGUGGGUUAUCAGAGUAUAUUUGAGUGGGCUACUCCUCUUGUCCAAUCUCAUAGGUACCUUGAGCUUCUGGACCCUCUCAUAUCUUCUUCAUCUUCGCAUAUCCCAGAAGCUGGAAUCAUUCAGAAGGUUGUGGACCUUGUAUAUUCGUGUACACAGCAUGUACCAUCAAUGCGACCAAGAAUGUCACAUGUUGUUCACCAGCUGCAGCAGUUGGCCUAACCUUUGCAGUGAUAUCUACAUUACUUGGUUACAAGAAUGUUAUUCAUACGAGCAAGAAGUCCACAGCUUCCACGCGUGUCUGUAUUGUUGUUGUUCAGUUCUGCUACAACAUUAAUUUGGAUCUCACACUUCUAAAUUAAUGUUGUAGCAAGGAUACUAGUAGCCAUACUUGUACUAGUUUAGCUUACUGUCUUUCUUAGAAAAAAUUUGCUUCACUACGAAUGUAGCACUGUAGCAGGAGUCCACUCGCUGGUACGUUGUAUCAUUAUGAAUGCUUCAUUUAUAUUCAAGAGUUUUCAGACGGUUUUAGCUGA